CCACCUGGCUGGCUGUGGAUGCUGAGAUCUGGUACCCUCCUGGCUGGCUGUGGAUGCUGAGAGCUGGUACCCACCUGGCUGGCUGUGGAUGCUGAGAGCUGGUACCCACCUGGCUGGCUGUGGAUGCUGAGAGCUGGUACCCACCUGGCUGGCUGUGGAUGCUGAGAGCUGGUACCCACCUGGCUGGCUGUGGAUGCUGAGAGCUGGUACCCACCUGGCUGGCUGUGGAUGCUGAGAGCUGGUACCCACCGGGCUGGCUGUGGAUGCUGAGAGCUGGUGCCCACCGGGCUGGCUGUGGAUGCUGAGAGCUGAGACCUGGAUACUAGGACUUGCAGUAAAGGAGCUGGAUUUUAAGACUUGGCGUGAGGGAGCUGGAUACUAAGACUUGGAGUGAGGGAGCUGGAUACUAAGACGUGGAGUGAGGGAGUUGGAUACUGGGACUUGGAGUGUUAAACUGGAUACUGGGAUUUGGAGUGUUAAACUGGAUACUGGGACUUGGAGUGAGGGAAUUGGAUACUGGGACUUGGCGUGUGGAGAGGUGGUGUGGAUCUGCGUUUCACCCACUGGAUCUCCCUAUUAGAGCACUGGAUCUCCCUAUUAGUUGUCCUUCCAUGGAUCUCUCUUUACCUGUAAUACAGCUGCUCUCAUCUUGAUCCUGCACUCCAAUGUAUCGUUAUCUCCUGCACCCCUUGAGCCCUCACUGACCCCUGCACUCACCAUUUAGCUACAGGUCCCCUUAGCUCACUAACCCAGCACCCCUUGAUCACACUAACCCAGCACCCCCUGAUCUCACUUCCCAGCACCCCCUGAUCACACUAACCCAGCCCACCCCCUGAUCUCACUAACCCAGCACCCCCUGAUCUCACUAACCCAGCACCCCCUGAUCACACUAACCCAGCCCCCCCCGAUCACACUAGCCCUGCACCCCCUGAUCUCACUAACCCUGCACCCCCUGAUCUCACUAGCCCUGCUGAUCUCACUAACCCUGCACCCCCUGAUCUCACUAACCCUGCACCCCCUGAUCUCACUAGCCCUGCACCCCCUGAUCUCACUAACCCUGCACCCCCUGAUCUCACUAGCCCUGCACCCCCUGAUCUCACUAACCCUGCACCCCCUGAUCUCACUAGCCCUGCACCCCCUGAUCUCACUAACCCUGCACCCCCUGAUCUCACUAGCCCUGCACCCCCUGAUCUCACUAACCCUGCACCCCCUGAUCUCACUAGCCCUGCACCCUUAUAUCUCUAACCCCUGCACCCUAAUUAUCCCUCGAGCUCAUGCACCCCUUAUCUCUGUAUUAACUCCACCCUCAUCUCUCUAGCUCCAGCACCCUAAUUAUCCCUUUAACCUCUGCACCCUUUACCUGUCUCUGUGAGCUCCCUGAUAUUAAUCAUGGCUCUUUAUCACUGUCCCCCCAAUUCACCCUCCCUGUCAUUCAUUCCCCCUCUGUGAGCUCCUGACAAGCAUCCUUCACCCAGUCCAUCUUAUUAGCAGCUUACAUUGGCUUUCCUCAUAUGCCACAUAUUCUUCCUUUUAUUGUGAUGAUGCUGGAUUUUUUAGCAGCCUCCAUUAACCCUCUCUCCUGAUCCUCUCCAUCCUUUCUAUCUGUCCAUCAGCCAUCACUGGCUGCCUCUCUUCUAUCAUACCAUACUCAGAGCCCUCUCCCCAAUACUCUUCUAAUAUCCAAGCCACCCUAGCCCCCAAUACUUCUAUCAUAUCCCAGACCCCUCCCCAAUACUUCUAUCAUAUCCCAGACCCUCUCCCCAAUACCUCUAUCAUAUCCCAGACCCCCUCCCCAAUACCUCUAUCAUAUCCUAGCCCCCCUCCCUAAUAUCACUAUCAUAUCUCAGACCCCCUCCUUCCCAAUACUCUACUAAUAUUCCAGCCCCUCUCCCCAAUAUCUCUAUCAUAUCCCAGCCCCUCUCCCCAAUAUCUCUAUCAUAUCCCAGACCCCCUCCCCAAUACCUCUAUCAUAUCCCAGAUCCCCCAAUACAUCUAUCAUAUCCCAGACCCCCAAUACCUCUAUCAUAUCCCAGACCCCAUUCCUCUGUCAUAUCCCAAACACCCCAUUCAUUACGUCUGUCACAUCUGAGUGACCUCCUGUUACCCCUUGCUCUCCCCAUUAUCUUUCUGACAUCAUUCAGCCCCCUCAUUGUUUGUGUUUUGUUAGCUUGUUGUCCCAUCACCCCACGUGCAUGCAGCCCUCUCUCUUAUUUCAUAGUAAGGGGCUAUAGGGCUGCAUGUGAGCGUGAGUAUCCAGGCUGUGAGUGCUCCUCACAUUGCUAUAUCAGGCACUCAGCACACCUGGGGUAUAUGGACAGGAGCUCCCUACUACGGCUCAUCCAGGGGCAGGUGAGACAUGUCAUCAGGAGAGAGAGGGGUGUGCGUGUGUGUGAUACUCUGUGUGUGUGUGAUACUCUGUGUGUAAGUGACACAGUAGAAGUGAUAACAGUAUGAGAAAGAGAGAUAUACUGUGUAUAUAUGUGUAUGAAGCAGACGGAGAGUGUGUGUGUGUGAGAGAGGAGUUACUGUGUGUGUGUGUGUGUGGAGAGAGAGUUACUGUGUGUACAUUUGUGUGUAUGUUAGAGAGAGUUACUGUGAGUAUAUAUAUGUGUGUGUGUGAUGGAGAGAGACUCUGUGUAUAUUUGUGUGUGUGAUGGAGAGAGACUAUGUGUGUGUGUGUGUAUGUGUGUGUAAUGGAGAGAGACUGUGUAUUUGUGUGUGUGAGGGAGAGAGACUGUGUGUAUAUUUGUGUGUGUGUGAUGGAGAGUGACUGUGUGUAGGUGUGUGUGUGUGUGUGUGUAAUGGAAAGAGACUGUGUGUAUAAUUGUGUGUGUGUGAGGGAGACAGUGUGUAUAUGUAUGUGUGUGAGGGAGAGAGACAAUGUGUAUAUGUGUGUCUGUGCUUCUAUGUGUGUGUGACAGGGGGCUAUACUGCGUGUGUAUAUGUGUUUAUGCGUGUGCUUGUGUAUAUGUGUAAGACUGAAUUGUGAGUUAUACUUUUGUAUGUGUGUGAAGGAGAGAUACUGUGCAUAUAUGUGUGUGAGAAGGGAGAUACUGUGUGUAUAUGAGUGUAAGAAGGAGCAAUUAUGUAUGUAUAAAAUAGAUAUUCUGUGAAAAAAAGACAGUGUGUGUGUGAGACAGAGAGACAGUGUGUGUGUGAGAGAGAUGCUGUGUGUGUCUGAGAGCAAACACUGUGUGUGUGUGUGUAAGAGAGAGAGAGAGACACACACAGACAGACAGUGCGUGUGCGCGUGUAAUAUUAUGUGUAUGUGAAAACUUCUAGAUGUACUUUGGCAAGGCAUAUGUCUAAUUUGUUGUGCCAAAACAGCUGAUUUGAUCUCCAAGUGUAUGAAAUAUAAUACACUUGGAGAUUUUAAUAUAUAAUACACUAUAAGAGAUUUGUUUGUAUGUAUAUGUUUGUGAGAGAAAGGCUGUGUGUGUGAGUGAACAAGAUACAAUGUGUGUGUACGUGUGAGAGAAUGUGCUUGUAUGUGAGUAAAUUCAAAAUUAAUAUAAAAUUUCAAGCUAAAUUAGCAAUUAAAAAACAUUCUCCAAGUGAGCUAUCUUUUCAGUUCAGCUAUUUAGCUAAGAUAAAAUCUCACUUUCAAUUCCUUACAUCCACAUGUGUGAUAGACAGAGACUGUGUAUGUAAAUUGGUGAAUAUCACUUAAAUACAGGGAUUAUAGAGAUAACUGUUAGUAGACGGAUAUGAGGGAGAAAUGUAGCUAGAAAGGAGAUAAACAAAGUGUAAGCGAAUGAAUUCUCACGUUGCAUGUGAAUGAAUAGAUAAACAAUAUAAGUUGAAUGAAUGAAUAUGUUAGAGAGAGGCAUGGACAUAUGAAGUUGAGUGAAUCUAAAUGAAUGGGUGGGAGAAACAGGUCAGUGAAUGGAUGGGAGAAGAAUAAAUGAAUGCUUGAUUGAAAAAAAAAAUGUGAGCGAUUGAAUGGAUGAGAUUGAGAAAAGCGAGUCUGUGGAUAAAUGAGAAUGAGCGAUGCUGCGAGAGGAACAAGGGUGAUGGCUGGUUGAGAGUAGUGUGAGUUAAUAGACGAGAAAGGAUAGUUUGAGGGGAUAGAUGAAAGGGAGAGGAAUGAUCAUCGAAGCAAGAAAAAUGUGUGAGGAUAUGCACGAAUGAAUGACAUGAGAUAAUGAAUUAAAAAUACUUGCAAAUUUUUUUUUAAUAAAAGUUACAUUAAAGAAAAAAAAUCUAACCUGUUAUACUGUUAAUCAGAGCACUGUUAAACGUGCCUGCCUAGAGUUGCAAUCAGUAGUGUCUCAUACUGGUCUGUGCGGACUGAUCUUAUCCCAUAAAUCUCAAAGUAUGGCAGAGGUUUAUGGGAUAGGUCAUAGUAUGAUUGGGACCGCUAUUUAACCCCUUAAGGACACAUGAAAUGUGUGACAUGUCAUGAUUCCCUUUUAUUCCAGAAGUUUAAGGGGUUAAAGUGAUGGUUCCCAUGCUGUGACUGCUAGCAAUGUAUACACAACAUGGACUGCACAUGCACAGUCUGUGAUCGGUGACGGGAGAGAUGGGAGAGAUCACACAUGCACAGUCCAUGACCGGUGACGGGAGAGAUGGGAGAGAUCGCACAUGCACAGUCCGUGACUGAUGGGGGGAGAGAAUAUAAAGGUUGCGCAUGCACAGUGCACAACAGGGAGGGGAGAGAGCGCCUCCCCCAUUGUUUUUGUGUCAUGCACAGAAUGCCUGGGCCAGAUGGAAAAUAUUGAUAUGAGCAACCCAGAACCAGGUGUUUCGGGUGCCUGAUUGAUAGUGCUUUUGAAAGUGUGCCAUUAUAACCUACUGUGAGCAAUGAGAGUGGGCUCUGUGAGCUCUGAGCACCCUGUACCUUGCAGGAAUGCAACACGCUUACAGCGAAGUACGAGACAAUUAAAGGGACACUCCACUGCAUGCAUGCAUUUAUUAUGCAAUUUUACAUUGGGGGUAUUCCUAAAAACAGCUUGCAAAAGUUGCAGUUCUGUUGUCUGCAGCCUUUUCGAACCCUCUCCCUUCAACCAGCUAAAGUGGUUUAAUGGUCCGGAGUGUCCCUUUAAGUGGAUGAAUUAAUGCAUCAGGUGAGAAUGAAUGGACGAGGCAGGGCUGAUGCAUCUUUGCAGACAAAUUGUGGAGGAUGCUUUUCGAGGAAAUAAAGGCCAGGAAAUGAACUAUAAAUGGAGUGAAUGUGAAAGGAAACUGGUGGGUGUUCAGUGAACGCGUGGAACUUCUUAAAGGAGUGAGUGGGAGAGACUGAAAAUAAUAAAACAGAACUGGAUGCCACUAAUCGCACCGGAAAAUGACUGUGUCGGUGAAAUAAACACAGAGUAAAACAAAACGUGUACAGAUUUCUCCAAAUGAUCGUCGUCUCCUGCGAACCCCUUGUUAUUUAUUAGUAGUUUCUGCAGGUACUAUUAAUCGGGUCGGGGGGAACAAAGGUGGAACCUCUAUCCCAGCUACUUACAACACCCACGAUGCUUUGCCUGCCUAACAAACAGACAAAGAAUCAUGGUAGAUGUAGUUCAUGAAAAGCUGGGGGGCAUCUAACUUUUUACCACAUGUCCUAGAUCUGUCCGAGAGGUUGACUUAAAGAAUAAUUUUCACUAUGGAAGAUUAUUCAGCUAAUUACACUGCAUUUCAAUAUGUAUUUCUCCGUUAGCCCUGCUCGUCUUGUUACAAUUUCGUUCUCUGUCGGUUUUAUUAAACACUUAUUCGUCAUUUCUUGCAGCUCGACCCAGAGAAUACGGGUUUUGUUUGUGCAGAAACAUUCGCCACCCUGGUCAAUAACCAUGAGCUGCCCCUGGACCCUGCCAAGCUGGAGAUGUUAUUUGCCCUCUCACAGGGCAAUGAAGAGGGGCAGAUCUGUUACCCCCAACUGGUGGACCUGGUGAGUAAAAAUCCUUGAAUUACUGGACAGCCCCCCUCUAAGCAGAACUAUUUAUGGGACGUAUUGGUGGUACCACUAACACAGCUCCCAACAUUUCACCAGGAGAAAGAGGGACACUUUAAUUUAGUGGGGUGUGGAUGUGGCAAGAGCUGAGAAAUUGUAAAUGACAUGCUAUUCAGUAUUUAUGGAACUAAAAUUUAAUUUAGAACUAGAACAAUGUAUCUUAUUUACACAGACUGUUUUCUAAACAUUGUAGUUUGCAGACACAUUACUGGGAAUAUUAUUGCUGUGGAGCUCUGUUAUACACUCAUACACAUUACUGGGAAUAUUAUUGCUGUGGAGCUCUGUUAUACACUCAGACACAUUACUGGGAGUAUUAUUGCUGUGGAGCUCUGUUAUACACUCAGACACAUUACUGGGAGUAUUAUUGCUGUGGAGCUCUGUUAUACACUCAGACACAUUACUGGGAGUAUUAUUGCUGUGGAGCUCUGUUAUACACUCAGACACAUUACUGGGAGUAUUAUUGCUGUGGAGCUCUGUUAUACACUCAGACACAUUACUGGGAGUAUUAUUGCUGUGGAGCUCUGUUAUACACUCAGACACAUUACUGGGAGUAUUAUAUACACUCAGACACAUUACUGGAGUAUUAUUGCUGUGGAGCUCUGUUAUACACUCAGACACAUUACUGGGAGUAUUAUUGCUGUGGAGCUCUGUUAUACACUCAGACACAUUACUGGGAGUAUUAUUGCUGUGGAGCUCUGUUAUACACUCAGACACGUUACUGGCAGUAUUAUUGCUGUGGAGCUCUGUUAUACACUCAGGCACAGCAACAAUAUGGAGCUCCUAGAAACAAGGGGAAUUAGGAUAGAAAAAAGGCCCAAAAUAGGGAAUGUCCUUCUAAAUAGAGACACCUGGUAGGUAUGCACCAGGAAAGGAAUUUCAAACUCUGGUCCCCAAAUGCGUUAAUGGCCUACAACUCCUAAAAUUCUUUGGAAGGAAUAGAUAGUCAGAGAAUUCUGGGAUUUGUAGUUCAGCAUCAUCGGGGGGAGGACACAAUUUGAUAGGCACUAGGACAUCUAACUUAGAGUCCAUACAGUAACAUACAGUAUACAGUAACAACCUGAAAUCCUUCACAGUUAAACCAUACAGCCCAACCUUGAGAACUUUCCUUGGUGUUAGGUUUACGUCCUAAUGUUACCAUUGUUAUAUAAAUGUGUGGCUCUCAUUUGGAGCUACAGUACACCAUCAACACAUCUAAAAUGGUCUCUCGACCACCUGACCAGACAUUCAGAGAUUUAAUUGUAUCUACGAGUGGCCAACAGGGACAGACUCAUACAGAUGCUGGUGAGUUGGCAGAAGAUGAACAGUUGUUUAUUUUAUCAAUAUUCAGGGUUCCUCAGGUGUGCGUGUAGCACAGAACUCUCCUUGGGGGUUGUCCGAUAUGUUUGAUAUCGCUAACCCUGAUACCAAAAGCUUUCAGUAAUCUCUGCAUCUUUUGAAGAACAUCUGCUAUAGGAUUCCUUUGUUCUGCUUCUGCCUUUACUCAACAUGAGUCAGACAGCUUCGGGUUCUGGACAAACAUAGCUUCUGGGCUAUCUUUCAAUUUUAAUAAACAAAGCAGAGCUUUAUGAAGGUUCUUGUAUCGAGUCCCAAAUCGUGAUAAAAUUAUGUGUAAAACAUGGGGAAAUUGGUUCUCCUACAUUAUUCCUAAAUUGUUACCAAUAAAUCAAGCAUUUCAUGCUUUUAGUAAUCUCAGCUCUAUGCUGGAGUACGUGAAUAUUUUUUUAAAUGUCUAUACUGUAGACAAAGAAUGUAAGAGCUUAUCGACUGUUGUGUUUGUACUUUAAGGUACGUCCGGUGGGAUAGAUUUUGGUAAUGUAAGCAAAUAGGGUUAUUUACCAAGUUGAGAAUUGUUGGGCAUUCAAAGUAAAUUCUAAAUUAAUUUCAUAAACGGGAGCUGAAUUUGAAGCAUAGCUGAUACAGAGAAUUUUUCCAAUUCAACUACUUUACUUUUAAAUGAGAAUUGGGAAUUUUCACUUUUGUAAAUAACUCUGUAAGUGUAUAUAAAAUAUGUCUCUCAUUUAAAUGCUAUAAAGCUGUUGUAAAAAAUAUUACACUGGCAAAUUUUAAAUAUCUUAUGCAUAAAUAUUAUAAGACUUGUAACAUUUUCUGCAAUGCCUUUUGCUGCCGUCUGGUCUUGCUAUAUUAGAGACAGAUUUGGACUUCCAAUUUUUUAAAACUUUAUUACAUUUAAUGAAGCAUAAUGAUAUUUUUUUAAUUAUGCAUAUAAAUUUUUUUUUUUGAAAACAUCAAUUGUUGGCUGAGCGGCCAUGUUGGAUCAGACAUGACUGUGAUCUCACUAACUGCUACUCAACGCAGCAUUCACGUUAGGCUGAGCAACAGUUGGUCGGAUAACCGUAGAGUCUGACCCAAAAUGGCCGCUCAGCCAGAUAAAAAAUAAAUUAAAAAAAAUUUAAAUUUAAAAAAAAUAAUUGAAUAUACAUCGUAAAAAAAUAUUUAAAAAUAAAUAAGCUUUAAUUAAUGUAAUAAUCUUUUAAAUAACGAGGAGUGAAAAUGUAACUUAAAAUUAACGUUUAUGUAAGCUAGGAUGUACGUGUUGUCUCUUUUUAACAUUUUAGCUAUUUAUGUUUAUUAUUUAAAGGGAAAAAAAUGACUAAUGCAUUUCUAUAAAUAACUUUCAUUUGUAUGUCAUGGCAUUUAAAGCAAGGUACUUGCUUUAGGCUAGUGCUUAAUAUUUAAUUGGCUUGUUAUAAAAUGGUGCAUUGUAUGGCUUUGUGAAGAUAUUUCCGGACUGGAUUUGCUGAAACGUAAUACUCAGGACCUGGGUCAGUUCAUGGAUUUGUUUAGAAAGCUAAACAUAGAGUAGGGGGGAAAAUGCAUUUGGGAUAUGGAGCGUAAGAAGUUAAAUUCGCUGUGAUCCAUUGGGUAGUGAGAAUUUAAUCUCCUUCCUUCUCCUGUCCCUUUUUAUUACUCUUGCAAUCUUCAAGGCUACUGAUAUACGAAUAUUCCCGUGGUUGUCUAACACUUACACAGCUCCCACCCUGUAAUGCUGUUUAUGCACCUCUGUCAUUUUUGUGCUUAAGUCACCAGGAUAUUUUACAUGCGGCCGACAGACGGAGCCCACGCAUCGUGGCAUUAUAACAGGAUUAGUAGGACACUUUGUCAAGUGCCUGUGUGAGGACGCCUAGUUAAACUGCUUUAGGCAGGAAUCCUGUUAAGAUCUCUUAGGAAAGCGCAUACUAAUGUUUUCUGUUUGAGCUGUUUGCCUGGGAGCCAUUUCUAUGUAGACGUGUUUAGUCUAAUGUGAUGCAGGUUAUUUUCAAGUGAAUUUUCUCCUGUUUGCACGGCAGAUCAGCAGCAAGAGGUCCAGUAGCUUCAGAAGGGCCAUCAGUAGUGGUCAACGUGCUCUCCCGCGGGAUGUCCUGCUUGACCAGGCCGGACUGGGAGUCUACAAGAGAUUUGUACGUUAUGUGGCCUAUGAGAUUCUACCUGGUGAGAUGGAGAGACGUUGGUACUUUUACCAACACCGACCAUGCCCUCCACCUAUCUUCAUGGCAGCGGUGACUCUGACACAGGCAAGGAAUCUCCUCUACUCUCAUGCCAGAAGUACUCAAUGUAUAUCUUUAUUAAUCCACUAACAGAGGUCUAUUUCAGUAUCUUAUAACAUUGAAGAUCUGACCAAACGAUGUUCCACCUACAAGUCUAGGAUACACUGAAACACACAUCAAUCAUAGAGCAGUAGGAGCUCUGGAACAGUACAGUCAAAAUAGUUUUUUAGAUUAUUACUGUGUAAAUAAAUGUUUUUACUUGACCAACUUCUUACACUAGGUUAUUACCAGAAUCUAUUUCUUGCCACUGUGAGUGGAAGCCACCCCAGCCUUGACGAUAAUAAGUAAUCGUUUUAACAAUUGCUACAAAUUGCUAACCUUAAGAUAGACCAUCUUUAAAGUAAAAAUGACUAGCAUGGCCGCCACACUCAUUUUUUUCCCACAAUGCAAAGUGGAACAUGCACAAUGCACAACAUGUGGCCAUAUCUGAAGCUUUGUGGGAGGCAGACAUUUAUUGGGAAGCACAAACAUCCAUAUGCACCAUAUGUUCAAAAACGUGUCUGAAGAGGACCUUCUCUUUCAAGCCAAUCGUAGAUAGCAAGAUAUCAUAUUCAAGCAGUUCCCAGAUAUGUAAAGUCCUGCAAUGGUCAGAUUGUCACAAAAUUGAAAAUCCCCUAAAUGUCUUCCAGUAGCCUCAGACCACGGAGACUAUGUGAUCUGUUUUAUCUUAACUGACAGAAAGGGGUUGCGACUCUUCCAUUCAAUGGUUUGUGUUAUCAAGAAUCAUAGGCUGAACAUUCGUAUAUUUUCAAUCAUUACGGAGCAGGUUUUAUGCUCAAACUGUGCCUUAUUCACUUCCUUAACAUGUGGAGGUAAUCACAAAACAGAAAAGUUUAUGAAUUGAAAGCUAGAUGGCAAAAUGUAAGCUCAAUUGCCAAGCUGUUACUAUAGCUAAAUUGGAGAUUUUUUCUCUCAAAUCAGUAAUUUUGGAAUACGUUUUACCUUUUAGUUUUAGAAUCACUACAUUUUACCAGCAGAGAGGGGCAUGUGGUUUUAGGAAGAGGGAAAUGUAUGGUAUUAGAAUGCAGAAGUUAAUGACCCAAUUUUAUCUCUUGCUAUAUAUGUCUGUCUCCAUUCUAGAUCAUCGUUUUCCUGUGUUAUGGGGUCAGAUUGAACAAAUGGGUCUUACAGACGUACCACCCUGAGUACAUGAAGAGCCCCCUCGUCUACCACCCUGGGCAUCGGGCACGAGCGUGGCGCUUUCUCACCUAUAUGUUCAUGCAUGUUGGGUAAGCCUGGAUUUUUAUGAAAAUAACAUUGUUUUGCCGCAUUGGAUAGAAAUGAGUGUUUCUGCAUGUGACAAGAGAAAUUGUCAGUUUAACAAAGUUCCUGGAUUGUACCCUCCCAGAGUUUUACUCACCUGCCUUGUGCACAAGAUGGAGAGGGUCUAGGAGAAGCAUUGCGGGCACAGGACGGCCAAUGCUAUGCAUGCGCCCUGCCUCCCAAUGCUUCUCUAUGAAAAGACUUUUAUUUAAAUCGCAGAAAUGUUCCUUAACACAGUACUUUCAGAGUGUUACUUUCAGUGGAUCAAACGUACCAUAGUCCUGUCUCGUUUAAUCUUUACCUUUUAAUGGUUUUAAAAAUAUGUUUACAGAAAAUCUACACAGUUUGUCUACUCUAGUGAUUAAUAUAAACUCGUUGAAGGUGAAAGGUACAAAGUGCCCGGUAGUAAUAAAUGCAAUUCCCUUUAAAAGUCUUUUAUCAGUCAGAGCUACCUUUCUUUUCCCUUAGCUGAAGAAUGUAACUCCAUUAUAUUACCCUCGUUAGUCAGAGAUAAUGAGGCCUAAUUACUUGGUUUUCAGCCUUUGUUACCAGUUCCUCAAUAUAAACUAUUUAUCACAGCUGUACUCCCCGGGGUUUGUGGCAAAUAACAGUCUAACCGUAUCUUAUUGCUUCCAUUUAUUGUAAUCAGAGUUUUGCAUAGACUCCAGUUUAAAACAAUAUUACAUUUUAUAUAACACUAUGGCUUUGACUGUUCUGUCCUUGUUUUGUUUCCACCAUUAGUCAUAUUGUUCUUGGUGGGACGUCCAAAAAUCUGACCUAAGCAGGGGUGUGGCUUAUGCCUGGGUGUGACUUUUGUGGUUUAGUUGGCGCUGAGGCAUUUGUGCAUAUUCAGUGAGUUUCAACUGAAUUUCCAGUAAUGGUGUUCUAUGUAAUUUUAUGUUUCGCACUCACCCAUGAAUAAUAACUACCGUCUGACAGCCUCUUAAAAAGGAACUGUCCAUUUUCUGUUGGCUAUGUGCUUUCAAGUACUCUUUAAGGCUUACAGUUAUCUGUAAGAUAUGAGAGAGUCUGUUAUGUUAGUUUAGGGAGUGGUUACUGGUUUAUUCUGUGUAUUACACAAUUAAAUAAUAAACCGUGUAUAAUCUUUACAGAUGUAGACAGACCAUUGGCCACAGUGACUGCAGACACUGUCCUUUGUUUCUUUUUCUUCCAGUGACUCCAUGUUAUCCUAAAACAUAACUCUGGGUCCUAAAGGGUGGGGCUAGAACCUCAAAGAAGCCUCCUCAUUGGUUGCUGGUUUUCUGUCAAUUUGAGUGCUUUAUUUGAUCCAUGGAAUAGAAAAUACUAGAAAAUCCUAGAAAAUUAUAGACUUUAUAAUUAAACCAAUUUUUCUCCAAGGCACAGGAAAUUUUGAAAUGACACAUUUUGAAAGGCUAUGUCUUUUCUUUAAAACCUAAAAGGUCAGGGGGUGUGUGUGGGGGGGUGAUAGCCUGACCUGCAAGCCGAGCAGCCGCAUGUUCACAGGGCUGCUAUUUCAGCAGAUUUCCCAACAAUAAUCACAAUUGCAAAGCUUGACCACACACCAAAUAGCUCUACCCAAACUGGGUAAUCUGACCCGAGUGAAUUUGUGAUCAAGAGCCUGAGAUAGCUUACCGCGGAUUGUGGAGAUGGGGAGAGGCGGACACUCUCCUAGUCCUGUCACUGGCGGUGCGGAUUCAUUGACAUCCUACCCCUCUCCCCCAGGGACUGGUGGGGGUGAAGCAGAUCUACUCCAGGGAGGCAACCCUGCUCCACAUGACACACGAGCAGAUACCGAUCGAGCGACAUACAUCCAUGGAGAAGCAGAAAAUGGCAGACGCCAUGUGCUCUCACACAUGCUGGGACCUCGAAGCCAGACUGGACAGCUUAUUCACUGCCUUCUGGAGAAAGCUGGAACUUAGGCAGCAACAGGUUUCCAAUACAAGAAGCGAGAGAACACUUACCUCACAAACUGCCUACACGAUCCCGUGGAAAACCCAUGGUGCUCAAAUUGCAGAGGGCUCGAAAAUGGUGGAUCACACGAUCCAGCUCAGGGCGCACUCAAGCUGCCCAUCGGAACUCUGCCAGGCAUCCCAGCAAGAGAAAGGCAGUAAACGCUACAACAAGAAACCUGCCACAACCCGACCUGGCCACCCCGAGGAGCCUGCCUCACCGCUCAUGCCAGAUUUCAGGGCCACACAGGAGAAGCUUGCAAACCUCCAUAACCUUGCCUCAUUUCCAAAUCAUGUAUGUGGGUCUCUACCUAGGUGGGCAACGGGGCAUAGCACGGAGACUCUCCUGGCAGGAAAGUGGAGUACCCCCUUCGAGGCAUUGGCUGACCUCAGGACGGAGCACAAGAACCACGGAACUCCAGCAAUACACCGUGUGCCAAGCUUAACAAUUGUUUAAUUACCCCAUUAGCAUGUUUCCUUUAAUUUGUUCUCACAGUGGGACUCAAGCCUGGUUUAGCUGGGGGGCCUCCAGGGAGGAAUUCCUAUCAAUCACAGUGCCUAUAGUAAUCAUCCCUUUACCACAACUGUCAACGCCUAACUAGACUGUCCUCAUGUUUAAAACUAGUAUUCAUGUCAUUACAUAAAAAAUGUGCAUUGUGUUUCCAUGUCAUGCCUUACUAAUUCAAUGUAUAUUAUUAAUAUAUUGUGUGUGUGUGUGUGUGUGUGUGUGUAAAUGCUGUUGUGGCAUUGCAAACACAUCUGUAACUGCUUUUUCUUUAUGAACGCAAAAAUAAAGAAUAUAAAACAAACAAAAAAAAACAACCUAAAAGGUCACAUCUCUAAAAUGUAAUAUUCGUUUAGCAGUCAGUAUGAUUUCCGUUGUCUCUUUGAGAGGAGGCAAAGCACAGCUCAGUUGUGGUGGAUUUUCGGAGCAUCUACAAAAUUCUUCUGAAGUUUUUAAAAUUGUUCACCCACAUAUUGCCCUGUGUGAUGCUUUCUGUAAAUUCUGGACUAAUUACCACCACAAUAUUUAAUGUUUGGCUGCAGAAGGAGUUCUGCUGCCAUCAUCACCCGAUUCUUCGAGUCUUUGCAUUCCCAUAUACCAAGCCUGCAACUUGUCCACCACAGCCUGAUUGCAAAGUGAAUUGUAGGGAGAACAUGCAUAUUUUGCGUCACAGAAACAUCUUACAUAACAAGAUAUGUGUUAUGUAAUAAGUAAGAUUUUAAAAAGUCACCCUUAGUUUUAUAACUAAAUGUUUUCAGUGUCAAAUACUUCCAAAUUUGUUGCCUCUCUCUGAUAAACUAAACUUUCAUUGGCUAUCUUAUACACAGAUACAGCUUACGUCAGCCAAUCAGAGCAACAUGUAGUGUAUAUUUAUGCCAGACCUAAUUUUUCAGAAAAAAAAUAAAUAUGCCCUUUUUGUGGUUCCUGACCCACCGCUGUUAUAUAACAUUCUAUGCCCAUAAUGUCUGUGCAAAUUCUAAAUUUAGCUCACUUUCAUUAUGUGCCGUAAGGAUAAAAAAAACCAGUCACGUUGUCCUCAGCAGAAAUAAAAUAUAAAUAAUGUAUAUUUAUUAAAGCAGGUUUUUUUUCAUUCAUGUCUUACGGACCUAGCCCCCCUCACCCCCCCACCACCACCAUUUUCCCAGAAUCCUUCACUGAAUUACUAUUGUCCUCUUCCCUGAAGUGACCAAGGCCAGGUAGCCUGUUGCUAUGGGAACCAAAAUAAAUGGCUGUAUGGCAACUUAUUUAAAGGUCUCUCUCCACCGCGUUUGCCUUAAAUUAUUCACGCCUUUGUUAUAGUAAUAUUAUUCGCAACAGAACAAAUUUAAGUGAUGGUUCUCAUUUAAAAAAAUAUAUGUUUUAUGCAACGACAUCAGUUCAAAGACUCCAAUAUCAUAAAAUGUUUCUUGCAGAAAUGUAUCAUUGCUGAGAAUCCCCCCUAUCUUGUGCCCUUUCAAGCUAAUAGGUAGACUCAAGGGAGAAGCAGGGUUAAUCCUGAAUACACGGCCAAUAGUAAUCAAUGUUUGUGUUAAUAAUUACUGCGUAAAUAUACGGACUAGUUUAACGUAUGACCCUCCUUUUUUUCAAGCUAUCGAAAGCUCUGUCAGAAUUAACCAAUUUUCGAUGCCCAAUCCUUGCUCAUUUUUUAUCACAAUUCCCUAAGUAUAACAAAUCACGGAGUACAACUUGAUUAUAUUGACUGCUGGCUUCAGCCACGAAUCAAGUUAAUACACAACAGUGGAAUGAAACUACAAGUAACACAGGCCCAUGAGGUUAUACGCACUCUAUAUUUACACAUAGAAAAGGAAUCAUAUUAGAAAAAAUGAAAAGGAAUCAUAUUAGAAAAAAACACAAAAUAUACACAGAUUUAAGAAAGACAAUUUAUGAAAGUAAAAUCAGUAUCAAACCAAUACACUGAGUUGUGUGUGUCAACGCGUUGUUUGUACUUUGUACGGUUUGUGAUUGGUUGGUCAAGCUUCUAAAAUUUAGUUUUUUGGAUGAGUGGCAUAUUAUGAGUACAAUUUCACGGUUUAAUCUACAGUAGGUGUUAGUAUGAAUCUUUAUAUAUUUUAGGGCUGCAGUGUAAUUCUAUAUAUAUUUUAUUAACCAUCAAUAUAUAUGUCUGCUCAUGGGAGUAUUUUUACUCUGAAUUUGAGACCUAUCAUCCCUGGGUUUUGUAUAUGGUGUGUGCCUUCUGGAAGUUGGAGACGGCUGGGAAUUUUUGCCCCUAUUAGCAAAACCCCUACGCCAUCUUGUCGCUAGUGAUGACAACAGUGACAUGCCUCCUGUAGGUCACGCCCCCUCACGUUCUUCCACAUUACUCAGUGAUGGGAGGGAUGCUACAUACCAGGUUAUAGACUCCCAAAGGCAGGAGUUUACUAAAUUAAAUAAACUAAGUUUCGACAAAAAUAUAUUUUUUACGACCAAAAAUGAGUGGUACACCUGUGGCAGGUCUCUAAACAAAUCAGAAUGAUGGGUUGUCUGGCAAUAGUCUAGCAAAACAGUUUUACUAUUUAACAGAGUAUUUAAUAGUAAUAAAAAAUGCUUAUUUUGAAGGUCUGACUGUGUGCCAAAAUGGAUCUAUAGAUAUAUAUUUUUCAACUUAAAAAAAAAAAGAAUGGACAAUCUGGGCUCUCAGCCAGUAAAAUGGGUUUAUUUUUGUGCUCUGCCACAUGGCCAAGAGUAAUUUUGUAACGCUUAGAAAACCCAUCAGACUAAAAAGGGUUUAAUCAGCAUGUUCUGGGGGAGCGCAACCUUUUGUCUUACAAAAAGGAAUUCAGGCAGAGAAUUAUAAUUCAAAGUAAUUGGUGGGUCGAGUUUAGACACCAUUGAUUUAGCAGUCCUGGAUUUGUGUCUAUAGAUAGAUAGAUAUCACAGUAUAAAAUGAAUGCAUAGUUAUCAUAAUAACAUUCGUCUCACUAAUAAUGUAUAUAUGGCGAAGGGUAUGAUCUAACAGUGUUUCCCAAUCCAGUCCUCGUGGACCACCAACAGUCCAGGAUUUAUGUAUUUCCCUGUUUUAUUCCAAUGGAGGUACUGACAAAACCUGGACUUUUGGUGGUCCAUGAGGACUGGGUUGGGGAACACUGAUAUUCCAACACACAGAAGUUGAACAUAUUGCAUAUCUUUAGAUUGGCUGGUCUUAACACAGUGUCUAGAAUAGUCGAAAAUAGCAUAGUCUGGAAACUAGCCAAGGGCAGGGGAUCCAGAGAUACAUACGAAUGCAAUGCCAGGCCACAUCUAGGAGUACAGAGAUCAGGAGAGCCAAGCAAGCCGGGUCAUUAUACCAGAGAACACAAUGAACAAAAAAUGCAAUGUUGGAAAUCACUAAUGAGACCACAACAGGGCAAUGACGCAGAGCUAGUUCUGGCAUCAAUAGCCAGGCCUGCAUCAUUCCUGGACACCCAGAGCGUACAUGUGCAUUGAUGCCAGAAUGACUCAGGGUUGGUUGCGUCCAAAAUUUAACACUUGAGCGUCUUAUUAUAAAAUGAGGCAGGGAAGCAGCUUUCUGCAUAUCUAAUGGUUUAAAUUAUACACCCCAACAUAGACGUCCCCUGGAUCAGGACGACGGCAGGUGAGGAUAAAAAUCGGUGGGCACAUGACGUAAGUGGGGACACCAGGGAACAAACCAAGGACAGCCGGACAGGACCCUAAAAUUGUGCCUGCCCCGGUGAAAUUGGGACAUUAGGGGAGUCUGGUAAAUAUAAGGGGUCAUUUCGACCCCUUCAUUGUUUUUCUUUAACAAUGUGUCUGUGCACAGUGACAGGGUUAUUUAGCAAAGUGAGUAUUCAAAGUGAAUUCUAAUUUAAGGCCAGAGUAGCGGAAGGGAAAGCAGAGCUUACUUGGAGAAUUUUUCAAGGACAGCUACUCUGACCUUAAACUUAAAAUUCAGUUUCAAUUCACUUUGAACCCUUACUUUGGUAAAUAAAUGUAUGUCCAAUGAAAUAAAUAUAUGAGAGUAUUGUAAAAGAACUAAAAGUAUAUGUUUCAACUUUUGAAGUUCUAGACUAAAAACCAGGCAUGUAUCUUAUAACGGCUCUAUGGAGACAAUCUGUUUUGUCAGGGAGCAUCUCAUACAAAUUCUCUCUUUAGAAGUAUCUUCUUUAUGUGUUUUUGUAGACGGUUAAUUCUUAAUCUUCAAUGCACAUUCAUUUACAUAGGUAACACGUGUCUUUAGAUAUAGAUGAACAAUGAGCUAGAAGUAAUGAAUAAACAUUGUUCUUGUAUCAGAUACAAAUAAAUCAGAAUAAUAAUUACUGUAAUCUAGCUGUCGGCAAAAGUCAGAUGUAUUUAGUCAUUGCACGGGAUGCUUGACUCACUCAUCACUUGGAGUAAACAUGUUUGGCGAUAGUGAACUGAACUUCCAAUCUUAGUUCAGGACAAUGGACAGCAUUCAUCUGCAUCCCACCAUGACGUACUGUAGGGUCCUGACCAUAUUCUAAGUAGGAUUUUCUAACAUGCCAGUUCCUUUUGGUUCAUGAAACAACAUUUCACGUUAUAGUUUGUAUCUGAAGAAUAAAAAAGACACAAAGCCAGAAUGUUUCAUUUCCAAGAUCCAUUUUAUUUAUGAAGUUAAACAAUGGAGCCGCAUGUCACUUUGCGCAGAACCUGAUGUCACUGUUUUCUCUCUAUUCUUAUUUUGUUUCGAUUGUUUCAAUGUUUUUGUCUCUGGUAGAUUGGAGCAACUGGGGUUUAAUACCCUCCUACAGCUAAUGAUUGGGGUACCCCUGGAGAUGGUUCACGGGGUGCUAAGAAUCAGCUCUUUGUAUCUGGCUGGGGUGCUGGCAGGUAAAUAAAUAACGCUGUAAAUGUAAUUCGCUUUUUGUACAGAUUUUUGGUAAAAGUAAAUACAAGAUUUAGGCUAAUCCAAGAAAAAAAAAUGAAUCCUUAAAUAUAUAUUGCUUUACUGUAUCAUGUGAUAUAUUUUCUCCUACUUUUUGUUGAGAGUAGACUUGUGCACGAUUGGCAUCAUGUGGGUUUGGGUUAUAAGGAGAAAUUUGGGGCAAUGUUCUAAAAGUGGAGCAAUGAUGUGAAAUAUUCCAUUGGUUUCCAUGGAGACUGUUCAACUUGUAGAACACUAAGCAAGAAUUCUUCUUCUUAUAAGACUCCACAGGUCAAUCCCAGUAGGAUUGAUUUGUUUGGGUGUAAAGGAAAUUUGAUUUGUUCGACACUGCUGAAACUUAUUUGUAUAAAUGUCUUUUUGGGAGUGGAGAAUAAUCACACACAAAACACAACCUAGCAGGAAUCUUAGCUGAUCUACUCCUAAUCAAGAGCCUGCAGAGUGUAUUUGCCUAUUGAUCAAAUAAUAGCUGUGAUUUGCCAGCCCCCUCACUGAUCCUGCUGGGGGGAUCUGAACAGAGAACAUGUUACAGCCUACACAGUCUUCAUAACCAUAAUUGACCAUACAUAAUAUACACUGAACAAAAUUAGAAACGCAACACUUUUGUUUUUGCCCCCAUUUUUCAUGAGCUGAACUCAAAGAUCUAAGACUUUUUCUAUGGACACAAGAAGCCUAUUUCUCUCAAAUCUGUCUAAAUCUGUGUUAGUGUGCACUUCUCCUGUGCCGAGAUAAUCCAUCCACCUCACAGGUGUGGCAUAUCAAGAUGCUGAUUAGACAGCAUGAUUAUUUCACAGCUGUGCCUUAGGCUGGCCACAUUAAAAGGCCAGCCUAAGCAUGUUGAUAUGCCACACCUGUGAGGUGGAUGGAUUAUCUCGGCAAAGGAGAAGUGCUCACUAACACAGAUUUAGACAAAUUUGAGAGAAAUCGGCUUCUUGUGUCCAUAGAAAAAGUCUUAGAUGUUUGAGUUCAGCUCAUUGAAAAUGGGGGCAAAAACAAAAGAGUUGCAUCAAUUUUGUUCAGUGUAUAUGACCCGUAACAUAGCGGUUAGUAUAGAGAUAUCACUCUCCCUUACAACUGAUUUACAGGUCCUUUCGUCUGGUUUGCACUCUCUUAGGACAAUGAGAAUGGGAAGAAUUCUGGCUCAAUGUUCUAAAACGUAAACAGUCCCCAUGGAAACUGAUAGAAUGUUCUUUGUCAUUGCCCCAGAAUUUCUCCUUAUAACCUAAACCCACUCGAUGCUAAUUGAUACCAUUUCUAGCGCCCAUACAAAUACUCCAUAGAUACCGUUAAACAGGAAUCUUGUUUUCUAGAAAGAAAUAGAAGGUAAUAAUUAAUUUUAAUCAUAAAACGUUAAUUUUGUUAUUUUUAAAAACAAUUGUAUUGCUCUAUUUUCUCCCAGGAUCCCUUGCAGUUUCUGUCACAGAUAUGAGAGCUCCUUUGGUGGGUGGCUCGGGUGGAGUGUAUGCCCUCUGUUCUGCCCAUCUUGCCAAUGUUGUUAUGGUAAGUAUGGAGGUCAUUGGCAGGAAGGUUACAGUUAAUCCUGUCCGGACAGUUGGUUUUAGUAAGUAGUGCCUCAAAUGCACUUUACACGCUGACAUUUUAGUGAUGCCCAAUGGGCACUGAGUAUAGUUUAAUAUAAUUUGACUUAAAAUAAAUUACAUUUAUUUUUUAGGUUCAAACAGCAUUGUAUACAUUUUAUAUCAGGAUCUACAAAUGUAUAUCAUGAUAUUAUUGUGGAUGCGCAUUAAGGGUAUACACCAAGGCUUGUUGCAAAGUCAGAAGCUUCCUUUUCCCCCCAAACCUCUCCAAUGACAUUCUUCUCUAUUGUUCUCACAGAACUGGGCCGGCAUGCGCUGUCCGUACAAGGUUCUCCGAAUGAUCCUUGCACUCGUCUGCAGUAAGUACAAAACCACAGAAAAGGACUCUGGGUAAUACCAGCAGCCAUUUUGUAUCAGCACUCCAUAUUCUUUACACACUGUCAGAGCUAAUCGAUUUAUUAACAUGCAGUAUUCCCCAGUGCAUGUGAUUCACAGUAUCAUACUUCCCUGUAGGGUAUACUGUUGGAUUUAUUCACUAAAUCCCAGUAAUAUGAGUGAGCUUGUUGUGGCGAAACCAACCUCGCCACGAAGCAUUGGAGAAGCCUGGUUGCUUGCCUGUUGCCCUUGGACUAUGGCCCCAUGUUAAAAAGCCUUCUUUUUCCCUGCAGAAAAGGCUUGUUUGUGUCUUUCUGCCCGGCGUUCGGUAGAUUCAUUCUACCGAACCAACAACCGAAUGACUGGACCACCUGUAUUGGGAGUGUGUCGGUAAUUUACAUCCCAGAAGCUGCGGUUAACCGCAGCUUAAUUGCCGAAUGCUGGGUGGCCUUUGUUCGUUUGCUGAACACGUGGCGGCGACCAUUUUAAAGUCCCGAACGGCCAGCGGUGUUCAGCGCCCAAACUAUGGAACUGGAAAUGGACACUUAUUUGCGCAAACACCGCUGAGCCGUCAGCCUCCUUGCGUCUGCAUUCGGUCAUUUAACUGGAUGCCUUUUCAUUCGGUAGUUUAACCGUAUGAACAGCAUUACCCCAGAUAGCCAUGCCACGGAGCCUAUUCGUGUAACAAAAGACUAUGGGAAAGACUUUGGCUCCAUGGUGAUUGAACUGUAUGUAUGUGAUCUGAGCGCCAUCCGGUAAUAAUGUGCACUCUGGGGAUAGGUAGAAUGUAUAUGUUUUGUGCAACAGUUGUAACUUUAUAAAUUUUUAUGUCUUUUACUCUCUUUUACUGCCAUGUGGUUAAUGUAGUAUUGACUCUGUCCUGGGAGAUAAUUGGAUUACUUCCCAAUUAUCUCCAGGACAGAGGGAGGGAAAUUAGGAUGCAUUGUGGGGAUGUUUUACCUCUCUGUGUCUGUCAUUGGUUCAUGUCUGUCCUUUGUCACAGUCUCCCAUUUGGUCCCCUAGGGCAGUGUCCACCAGGCGGGAGACCUGCAUACAUACUGGGCAGGUAGCCCUCAAUAAACCAGACCACUGCUUGACCCUCAACACGGAGCUCUGUCUCGUCUUUGGUGAGAUCUACUUUAUGCUGUUAGAGACUGAUUGCCAGGAGUGUAAGCCACUUGGGUGCUUUUCCUGUUCGUCUGCUAGCAGCUAUUCAUGAGGUUCCAGUUUGGGAGUUUGGAGCAUUCCCUUGUAUUCCGUUCGAGAGUUUGGUGUCCUGCAGUAGCUGUGCCUAUAUCUCUGGAAGUGAAAAUCUACUAAACGGCGGUUUAACCCUUUUAUGCCUGGGGGUGCCGUUACACUUGUCAUCUACGACCUACAAAUAGGAGACUUUCUUUUAUAUGGGGAGCCAUAUAGAUUAUCCAUAGUUGUGGACAUAAAUGAUAUGGCGUUAGAGCAUAUUAAAUGCCCUUGAAGUCUUGCUAGCUUGUCCAUACAGUAUGUAAGUGUAACGGACCGUUCUGCACACAAGAGGUUAAACCCGUUUAGGCGAUAUUCCCCUUUCCAGAUGCACGGACAGCUACUGCAAGCACCAAUCUUCUGAGCUGCAAACUACACGAAUCCUCCAACUCCCGAAACGGAAACACACGCAUACUGGAAACAGCCGAACAGGAAAAGCAUACAAUCAGCUUACACUCCUGGCAAUCAGCAUACAAUCCAAUUCCCCCCAAGAACGAGACGGCACUCCAAAUUGAGGGUGAAGUAGAACUGGUUGACUGGGGCUACCUGCCCGGCUUUUAUGCAGGUCUCCCAUCUGGUGGACACUCCCCUAAGGGAACCAGAUGGGAGACUGGGAUACAAAAGGUAAAAGGAACAAUCCCACAAUGCAUCACAAUCCCUCCUCUCUGGCCUGGAGAUAAUUGGGAAGUAAUUCAAUUAUCUCCAAGGACAGAGGCAAAACUCCAUUACACACAUUUUCAGUAAAAAGACAUAAAAUUACAUACCUUUAUCACAUAAAACACACACAUUCUACAUAUCCCCAGAUAGCUUAGAUCUGAGCGCACAUUAUUACCGAAUGGCGCUCAGAUCACAUACAUACAGUUCAAUCGCCAUGGAGCCAAAGUCUUUUCCAUAGUCUUUCGUUACACAAAUAGGCUCCAUGGCAUAGCUAUCUGGGGUGAUGCUGUUCAUACGUUCAAACUACCGAAUGAACAGUCAUUCGGUUCCACUACUGAAUGCAAAGGUAAGGAGGCUGGCAACUCAGCGGUGUUCGCGCAAAUAAGUGUCCGUUUCCAGUUCCAUAGUUUGGGCGCUGAACACCGCUGGCCGUUCGGGAGUUAAAAUGGCCACUGCCACGUGUUCGGCAGACGAACAAAGGCCACCAGCGUUCGUCAAUUAAGCUGCGGUUAACCGCAGCUUCUGGGCGGUCAAUUGACGGCACACUCCAGUUCCCAGGUGGUCGAUCGUUCAGUACUUUGUUCGGUAGAUUGAAUCUACUGAACACCCCGGCAGAAAGGUAUGAAUACGCCUUUCUGCAGGGAAAAUAAAAGGUUUUAAAUGCUGGGCCAUAGUCUAAAGGGAGCAGGCGAGCAACUAGGCUUCUCCAGUGGACAGUGGCGAAGGCUGGUUCCGUCACAGUAAGCUUCUAUUUACUUUGUUUAUAUAAUAUCUCCACACAGAUUUGUAUAUUACCAUGUGUUUUUCCACUCUCUCUUACUAGUGAGCUCCGAGGUAGGACGGGCAGUCUGGCUUCGUUUCUCUCCACCGUUACCAGCUGCUGGUCCCCAACCCAGUUUCAUGGCCCACUUAGCGGGUGCCGCUGUUGGGGUCAGCAUGGGUUUGACGAUCCUGCGUAGUUACGAAGAGAACCUUCAGGACCAGUGUGGUUGGUGGGUCAUCCUCUUGUGCUACGCUACCUUCCUUGCCUUUGCUAUCUUCUGGAAUGUAUUCGCUUAUGACCUUCUUGGUGUGCAGAUCCCGCAUCCCCCCUGACCUUUGAACCCUGUAUGUGUCAUGCCCUCGAGAUUCCUUCGGUGCUGAACUGCCUGCCGAUAUUCUUUAACUGCCAGAGGUGACCGGCAGGAGUUGCUUUGUAAUUGCUAGUCUCUGACAGCAAAAGGAUUAACGAGACGACACUGGACCCAGGAUUUGGGGGUAGUGGAUUGGCGCAACACUUAGUUUCCCAAUUUGAGUCCCACCCAGUAAGGCAGAAUGAUGUAACGCUCUUUGCUAUGUAUAUAUGUGGUCAGGUGAUUUUAUAUGCUGUUACUGCUCUAAGUUAUAAACCCCUUGGCACUGAGAGUUUCAGGAAUUAAUGGGUUAUUACUACAAAAUAUUACCCUAACCAGAGAGUCAAAUGCAUUUUCCCCCUCUAUCCAAACCACAGUUCGUUCAGCAGAUAUAUGUACCGCUCCAUCUAAAUGGAACUUCUGGGGUGUAAACAGUUACAAGAGGAAGCCUUUCUUAACUGUUUGCAUUCUGGUCUGUUCCACUUAGACCGAACACUCCAGAACUGCUUAGGAAAGGGAAAAUGAGCAUGUCAUUAAAAAAAUAAAAUAAUUUAAAACGCGGGUUUCCUUGAGUGCAGAACUUUACCUCAUUUAGGCUCACGCUAGUGCCACCCGAUACCCGCAACCAAAGCUAAUUUUUUUUUUUUUUUAUAAAUACCUGGCUCUGGUGUGUGAAAAGCCUUGAAAAAUGUGGGGUGUCUGAAUGUAUGUACUGCACCAGAUAAGAUCCCCAAAUUUCUGCACAUCAAUCUCCACUUCCACUAGUAAUUAACAUCUUAGACAAACCAUUGUGGAAAUCUUUUGUAGUAAGCCCAAUACCUAGCAUAUAAAUAAGGCUUUCAGGCAUGAAUUGUGUAGUGCACAUUGCAGAUAAUGUUAAGAUCCAUGUAGACACAUAAACAAUGAUGUGUCUACACAGACAGGACAGUCUAUAAUAUCUCCCUAUUUCCAUGCUAAUUUAAUGAUGAACUAGCACUUUAAUCGCUAAUCUCAAAUGGACAUAAAACAGCCACACUUUACAAACAUGCAUCAUUUUAUUUCUGAAGUGCUGGCUUAGCGGUACCUAGAAUGGCGCGAACCCCGCCGCACCACAAACAUAUUGAAUGUGGCUGGUUUUUUUUUUUGAAGAAAAAUCUAUAUAUUUGAUGAUCUCCCAUACUAAAAUGCUUUCAAAUUUUAUUGAUAUAUAAAGAAUUAUUUGUAAUAUUCUAUAUGUAUGUACGACUAGAGUAUAAAUCAACAGGCUGCUAUUAAAACAUACCCUAAAAUACAAGCAGUUUAACGGUCUCUAAGAGGGAGGGGGGAUGUAGGAUAUAUCCGCACCGUGCUGUUAAUGUUAAAGAUUGUUUUAUAUCCGUGUCUGCAGAGGGUGGUAGUCAUGAAAGGUGGAUUUAAACCGUUUUAAUUCGCCUGUAUUAUUUAGUGAUGUCUAUACUUUUUCUGUUUUCUCUUUUACAAUUCACAUGGAUUUGAGAAACAAUACCAAAUUUUGCAAUCCAAUAUUUGCAUUCCAUUUAUAGGCAACAUGGCAGCUAUGAACAACAUUUUUUAACUUCGUUUAAAAUUUAUUUGGGUGGAAAAGCCUCAUAACCCUUUGUUCUGUUCACCCAAGACUUAUAACAGGGAAAUGCUACAUUUUAAGGACUACUCCCCUCCCUGAUUCAUUUGAUCUAUUUAGAGGUUUUACAACCUAUUCUGGAGCAAAUAAUGGUUUAAAAAUGACGAACGUACCCUAAAAUGAAAUGUUAAAUAGUUAGCAUGUCAUUUAGAACUACCGUUUAGAAGCCUUGAUAUAUAUUUGUCAGUGGAGUAUUCAAUCGUACAAUGUACUAAGAGAUGAAACAUGGAGUUUAAGAUGCAUGGAAUUUUUUUCACGUAUGUAAAAUUCAAACUUGCGGUUUCCAUACUAGUGAAACAGGACGAUAAUGUUACUUCCUGGAGGUAUAAAUAGCGCAAUGAUAACCCUAGAACAGAGAAAAGAUGGAGGUUCCCAGUGGAAUAUCUCCCAUGAUGUUUAAAAUCUGGUUCCAUUUAGGUAAGUUAAUAAAACACUUUCCCUGAUGGAACCCAGAUUCUAUUCCAUUAGAACCCAUAAGCUUAUUCACCAAACUCCAAAUUGCAUCAAAUUCAAACCUGAAAUUGCCAGAUUUUGGGUAAAACAGCCGAGCUGUGAAUACAACAGAAUUGGAACUUUUUUCCAGAAUUCUAUUUCUGCCUCAGUCUAACUGGCGACCAUUUAGAAUUUAGUGAAUUCACUUGUAAACCGUGGGGAAUACAAAUGUGAAUUUCUGUAUUUAGGUCAAAGUAGGUAACCUGGAAACAUUGGCCAAUUAUCCUGUAUUUGUGGUUUGGCUUAAAUGUUUCACUGCAGUUUACUUGGGUUAAUUCACCAAAAUUUGUAGUAAAUUAAAAAACAGAGUUGUAUAAUUCAGAGUAAAAUAGCAGUGAAAUCACCCAUAUUUGCAACAUGCUAUAUAGUGAAUAAACCACUGCUGAGUAAAUCAUUUUAUUUGAUAGGUACAAACACCCUUUUUUAAACCAUUAAACUCAAACAGAUAUUAAAAUCUCUACAGGGUCAAAAUGAUGUUCUACUCCCCACAUACUUUUGUUGCAGACAAAUUCACUAAAUGGGGAAUCCCCAAUCAUGGCUUUAAAUGGGACACUACAAAUUCCCAAAACACUUUAGCUUGCUGGAUUGUUAUGUGUGCAGAGUGUGUCCUCUUUAAAAACAAAACAAAAAAAAAACCUGCAGAUUUCACGAUAAUUUAACCUCCUUGCUGUUAGAUAACCACUUCUGUAAGCUGCCUGGUUGUAUAGCUCAGGGCAAUUGCACAGAGCACCUGUAUUGCAAAGACUUCUCGUCAUGCACUGUGAAGUCUGUGAUUGGACAGCCACAAAAGUUGUGGGCGGUGUUAGAAUGGGACGGCUUGCAGAGGAGAACUGCAGGUUAUGUUAGCGGCUUUUAGAUGUACCCCCCGCCCCCAAAAAUGCAUAAUUUAAUACAUGCAUGUUUUAUUAACUAUAUCUACUAAACAGUGAUUUUUAUUUUCAUUUGGACAGUCCCUUUAACAUCUUUGCUUAUUAUAAUAAUUCUUUAGGGUACAGUUCUGCUGAAAACACACAAACAUUUUGAUGUGCCAAACGUAACUUACAAAAAGCAAAUAAAACCAGGAAGAAAGGGGCGGGAGGGGUGUCUAAUGUGAAAGAACACCCCAUUUAUAAAAAAAAAAAAAAAAGACAUCCUGAAUUAGUGUGAAUGAUCCGUUAUUCAAAUUUUAGGCUAAAAACAGCAGAAUUUGAAAAAUGAUCCAACUUGCACCUCGAGCUAACUUUUUUUUGGGAUAAAAUUAUUUAUCGAUCAGAAUGCCCAUAGGCUUUAAUAGUGAUUUCUGUAGAUAAAUCAUUUGGAAAGUUUUUGAAAUUGAAUAAUUUCUGAUGCAGAUUCAAACAAAUUAAAAUCUAUGCCAGACUGAUCAUUUGAGAAAAAAUAUAUAUUAAACCGAGGCCUUCAUUAUUUUUACAGGUUGGCUGUUUUAACCUAAAUUGUGAAAUUCCCUUUAAAUUCACACUUUAGCGAACAACCCUGUAAAUGGGUUUUCUGUAAAAAAAAAAAAAAGAGAAGUUAUUGAGUGUUUGUAACCUCAUGUAAGAGAAACGUUACAGAAACAAUAUUUAUUCUUGCUUAAAACAAUGUCUUGGCGGUUAACAAGACAUAAAUAAAUACGAAUUUGAAAAAAUGUGAACGUGCAGUACAUGCCUCAAAAGUGCCAAAUAGCUGGAGGUAAACAAAACACAGAUGCAACCUCAAAACCACAUGUACAAUAAUCGAAACAAUCUGUGGAAAUAUUUAUUUUCUAUAAAUAUUAUUAAGUGAUGGGGUGUAAAACUCGUUAUUUUUAUUACCUGUUGAUUUUGCAGCGGGAGGGGUGGAUGGGACAAACAGUUGCUUAAAUAAAAACAUGAAUGAAGUAAAAAAAGAAAAAAAAAAUCAACAUGCUGUUCAAAAGAAAAUGUGGCGUUUUAUUCUUUG